CUUGGCUAUAAAAAUUCAUCAGAAAAAUACAUCAACUACUUUACUUAUUGCCGUAACACGCACCGUAUAAAAGCAGGGCAGUGAUGCACAAUCAGCAUCAGAAGUAUUUUGUAGACUUACAGACAAACAACUCCUAAAAUCAACAAAAAUGUUCAAGCUUAACGCCAUCCUCGCUGCUGUCUGCCUUUUCGCCGUUGCUACAUCCGUCAGUGCUGGACUCCUCGAGACCCACCAUGUAGUGCAUGAGCCAGUGUUGGCUAAGGUCGGCUCGGUGGUCCACAGUGCUCCUUCAGCCGUUUCCCACCAAAGCAUCACUCAAGUUCAUAGCAAAGCUGUCGUGAGUCCAGUACUUGCCCACGCUGUCAAGACAACCGUACACUCCGCACCCGUCGUUCCAGUAGUCCAUGCCGCUCCCGUAGUUCAUGCCGCACCUGUAGUUCAUGCCGCUCCUGUUGUACAUAGCGUACACAGCGUACCAGUCGUCCACUCCGUGCCUGUGGUUCAUUCUGCUCCUGUCGUCAAGAGCAUUGUUUCGGCUCCACUUGCUUACACUCUCCAUCAUUAGAACAUUUUGGACUGCUACACUAAUUGUCGAAUAUUUUGCGAAACCGAAAAUAAAAUAAAGUUGUGAUAUAAAUUUAAAUUU